UCUGCAACUGGUUCAUGUUCUUCCUGUUCAUCAUCUCACUCUGGUGCACAUUCGACACGGCCGGGAGGAAGUGGGUCAAGAUGAAAAAGUUUCAAGACAGCCUGAAGGUCCGUCGCGCUACUGACCGCAGGAGGGGACAGCGUCAGUCGGGAAGUCGCAGGAAUUGGCGACAAAGAUCAAAAACUAUAAGAGAUUUUUUCUAUAGACGAAUGCAGAGGAAAGCCUUUAGGGCGUAUGAAGAAAGUUGGGACAGACGGUUACAAUUGUUGUGUUGUUGUGUGGAGAGGAAAGCUGCCACUCGUAACUCAAUGAGUGAGAUAGCCUCACUGUUUACUGAUUUCUUCCGAGACCUUGAUGUUGUGCCGUCUGAUAUUGUGGCUGGACUUGUGUUGCUACGGAGACACCAGCAGCAGAGAAUGAAUGCUAUCAUCUCUCAGGGAAGCAACGAUGUGUACCAGUUCCUAUCAGGGGUCCCCAUUACACCAAAGACCAGGUUUCUCCAACUGAGCCGGCCUGAGGUUAUGUUCAACUUCCAGAAAGUCAUACACUACAUGAAGUAUGCACUGGCUGUCUAUGGUUGGCCCAUCUAUGUCAAGAUGUUCCCUGGGACUUGGUGUUGCAGGCUCUUGCCUCUUAUUGGGUGCUGCUGUUGUAAAAAAGAACAAACAGCCAUGAUUGUUGAUGACAACUGUUGCAUGUGUAAUUUUUCUACUGCUAAACCUACCAGUGGUCUUGAAGCCUUGGAUGUUGUCUACUGCACAUACCAUGUAGCUAUUGGAGAAACCCCAUUUUUUGUUGCACUUGACCAUGAAUACAAGAAGGUUGUGGUUGCCAUAAGAGGCACUCUGUCACUACAGGAUGUUUUAACUGAUCUUCAAGCAGAGCCAGAAACUUUACCUUUGGAUUCUCCUAAAGACGACUGGCAGGGACAUAAAGGCAUGAUUCAGGCUGCUGUAUACAUAAAAAGGAAAUUGAUUGAUGACAAAAUUCUACAGAUGGCUUGGGAUAAUGAUGAGGAAAGGGACACCUCCAAGUAUGAUCUAGUCCUAGUGGGCCACUCCCUAGGGGCAGGCACUGCAGCCAUCCUGGCUAUACUGCUACACGCUGACUACCCAACUCUUCACUGCUACGCUUACAGCCCACCCGGAGGUCUUUUGACAUUAACUUGUGUUGAAGAAACCAAAUAUUUUAUAACCUCAGUUGUUGUUGGGAAAGACUGUGUUCCGAGGAUUGGACUCCCACAGUUGGAAAUGUUGAGAGCUGAUAUUCUUAACCAGAUCAAGAACAGUUCUGAUGCUAAAUGGAAGAUAAUAACCAAAGGGUUAAUGUGCUGUGGGAGGAAACAAGAGGGCAAUCUGGCUAAAGAAAUGCUAGAGAGAGAUGUUACAGCUCACCCUAGUAACUCAGCUAUUGGGCUGUCAGCUCACCUUCCUCUCUACCCACCUGGCCAGAUGAUUCAUGUUGUUAGAAGUCAUCUGACUGACAAAAAUACAAGAGGUGCCUGUGAUGAUUCCAACUACAUCUACCAAGCUGUGUGGGCCAAUAAUGGAGACUUUGAUGAGGUCCUCAUCUCACCUACCAUGCUGGCUGACCACAUGGCUGAUAAAGUUCUUGAUGCCUUACAAAAAGUAGUAGAAAAGAAAGCCCCACAGAAACCUGUGCACACACUGACUGAAGAUGAGAGGCGGAGAAUGCUGAAUCAGCAUUCAUUUUCCUCUCAGGCAACCCCAAGUGAUGAGGCUGGUAGCUCUGUGGACAUCAACAACGUCAGGGGCUCAGAGGACAGCCACCUGGGGGUCAAUGAAGUCUUCAUGGAGGAGGUGGAUGAUUCCAUGCUGUUUGGCUUGCCUAACAGUGAGACUGAGGAGCUGGUCAAAGCUCCACUUGCCAGCCCUGAGACUCUCUCCAUGGCUUCAGGGAUUGCCGUCUUCAAUCCAAACUCCAACCCGAUUGGCAGGGACAACUUGCGUCAGUCAUUAAAUAAAUGUGCUGAAAAAUCUAUGAACAGUCCGAGUGAAAUCUUGAGAGAGAAUGACGUUGUUUCAGUCCAGAGAGGUGUAAGAACGUCGUCACAAAGAAGCAAUUCUUCCCCCAAUUCUAGGAAAAACAAACAUCCGCACAACAGUUCCACCAACAACAGAGAUGUAGAACUAGGCAACAACAAGGAGCCGGAUGAGUAUCAUGUAAAGCUGAGGUCUGGGAAUACAAUAAGUGUUAAGGCAGAUGUAGUGAAUGAAAUGAUCAAGCAGAAUCAUAAAGCGUCUGCUCCCGCCAAAACAUCAGGGGACCAGGCUGCCACGGAAACUAAUGGAACCAGCGCUGUACUGGAACCUUCAUCCCACACGCACUUUGUCAGCCCUUCCCACCAAAAGCAAGUCAGAUCUGAGGACCCCCAGCAUCUGUCGUGUAUAGAAGAAUCAGCUCAAAUGAUAAAACCUGAGAGUAUUGGACUUAUAAUCGGGUGGGGGUCACAUGGUGGGGAUGAUGGGAGUGAAGAUGGGAGGGGCCUGCUGGAUGACUACACCCGCCACUCCCCAUCAGAGUCCAACCAGCAUGAAUACGGCCAUCCCAAUGUUUAUUAUUCUCAAGCUGGGAUAGGAUACCCUCACAACGCUUUCCACCCCCCUUUACGGUUUAAUUCAUUCCCGUGUGUAGACCCUCUUGAUAAUUUAGAUAUUCAUGAGAAUGAAACAUUGGAUAACACAGGCGAUACCAGCCUAGUGACCAACAGUGAGGAAAACUUGGACAAAACUAAGCCCAGCCAGAAGAAACCUUUCACCCAUGCUGAGUCAGAGUCCAACCUCCUAGACAACAAGAAACAGCUGCCUCGCAUGAAGAGGUCAGCAGAACAGGGAGACAUAGCUCAUCUGUGCGAUGCCCUGGAGGUGUUUGAGACAGAAGAAGAUAAAGUCAGACUGUGUCAGUCGGCGUGCACUCUGCAAGAAGAGACAUCAGAAGAUGUGAUGAAAGCAGAGGAGGAGACCCCAGCAGAUCCUAUAUCCCCCUCCCCGGCUACUAAGAGCAAGUCUCACAAACAGUCCGUGUCGUUCGGUGGCAGUACAAUCAUCCCUGGGCUACACAACUCUGAUACCGCUGUCCACGACCGCCAUUCUAAAGAUCUGCAUUCUGCCAUUAAAUCUUCAUCUCCUGUCUUGAACGACUCAAGUGUACUGAAGCACUCCCAGGACUGGAAUAGUUCAAACCUUGAAACAUCACCGCUACUUAGCUCAGCCCAUGAGAACUCCAACAAACAUGACAAUUUAAGUCAUACCAAUGCAGUCCUGUUAAACCAUGAUAGCUCCACUGUACAAGAAACCCAUUUAUGAUAGUUCUUCAAGCAUGUUAGACUAAAAUUGUAUUUCCUUUGUUGUGUAAAUAUUUUACAUGGACUUAUUCAUGGGUAUUUCGCUUAUCAUUUACAAAGCCUGUCUGGUUAAAAUAGCUGUUGUUAUAAAGUGUUAGAUUUUAAUCUAAUUUUACAAUAGGCAGAGGUUUUAAAUUAUUUCCAUUUCUGUAUAGGCUUUAAACAUAGUUUAUCACACGAAGGGCUGUGAGAUCAGCUAAAAUGUCUAGACUCAAUCUGUGACUCCUCAUUUGUAGACUGAAAUUCAAAGUAUAAUAAAACAUUAUGGCAACCAGAACUUUGUCAUGAUUUGCUAGCCAGAAAGUAUUAACCCUAUGACAAAUUAUUAAUGGAAUAGAAUUUUUAUUUUAUAUUUGGUCAUAUAAGUGACUAAUUUCAACCAAAUUUAUACUUUUUAGACAAUGGUUUUAAGCAACUGCUUUAAAAAGUUUUUCCUUGCUUUUUGUCUAACCUUGUUGAAAACACUUUAAACACUUACUUUUUAGAAAAAGUUGAUACUUGUUACAAUUACCAUUUUGUUACACAAUUUGGGGACAUUUUUAAAAAUUCUAGCUAUCAUGGUACAUUUUGUGUAUUGGCUGAUUUACAUUUCAUCUCAUGAAAUAACCUCUUCAUUAGAAUAUCAAUAUUUAAAAUUUGUAUUGAUUGUAAAGCAUUUUAACCACCAUAACCUACCUUAUUUUCACCCCCGAUUUAAAUAAUUCCCUUUAUACAUCUUUGUUUUUGUGUUCAGUAAUUCAACUGGAUUUAAUUUUGAUGAUCUAGUGUUUACUUAUUGUGUUCUCAGAUUUUGAUUACUUUUUUCUUGUAACCCUGACACUCCCCUACCCCUUUUUAAAAAAAUGUAAUUCUUCUCAAACUGUUGUAAUUAAUCUGUUUCAAAUAGAAAUCAUGUUACAAGCAUUCAUUGUAUUGUAAAGAGAAUCUAAUGAUAAUCUUUUUAUGAAAAAAAAUUAUCUGGGGGAAUUGAUCUGUGAUAUUGCAUUCUUUUUUAAAGCUGUAUAUUUUUUACAAAUUAAUUUAUUUUAUAUUGUAAUGUAAUAGCUAUGAACAAUGCUUUUUUUAAAAAACCCUGGUUUCUUAUUGAUUUUACUGUUUUGAGCUUUGCUGGAAGUAAGAUUUGCACUGAUUGCACAAGUUUUUGUUUUUAAGUUUUAGACGUGUUCCAUUAAUUCUUUACUAAAGGUAGUUUGUGAAUAUAAAGGGAAUUAGCAAUAAGAAAGAUUGGACACUAUACAUAUGAUUAAUUGAAACAUAUGGGUACUUUAUACUUGUACAUUUAUAUUUCAGAUAUUUUGUAUUUAUUUUGAAUUUUAAUUCUAUACAUUAUUAAAAUACAAAUAAGCUAUCAUAUUCUUAUUAUAAAGAUAAUUUUUUUUUAUUUGCUGAAGAUAUUUUUGAAAGAUAAUAUUUGUUCAAUUAACUUUCUUUUAUUUAUCUCCUAAUUUUUACUACAAGGAGUAUAUAUUUACAUACUUGGAAAAAAAAUUAUUCUGGUUAUUUUAUGAUCUCUGUAAAGACUUUGUAAAGUGAACAAAGCUCAGGAGGGUGUUUUUAGUUUACAAGACAGUUAACUUGCUGGUUUUUUUAAAAUUCUGUUGUGGAGAAAAUCUGUAAACUUGGUAUUGUAGAUCCAUGUUCAUUCUUUUUUUUUUUUUGGUUGCAUACAAAGGUUGGAGACAGAUAUGAUGGUUCACACAAAAUUUGGAUGAAGUAAAAUGUGCUUGUUUAAUACCACAAAAAUACAAAAUACUACUAGUAACAAUACAUUACAAAGAAAUAAAUACAACAUAAGUUUCUACAGAUUAAAAAGUUAAAAAUUCAUAUCUAUUUAAAUUUAGUAAGUUCUUGAUAUUUCUGUCAGUAUCCUAUAAAUUACUUUGGACUUAUUGGUUUUGUGACUUGAGUAGGGUGAUUUUAAACUUCAUUAUUGUUUAAGAAGACUUGACAUAAUUUGAUAUCAAAUUCAACUAUCAA